GUACAUGAUCAUCACAGUUAUCGCUAUACUGCAGAUCUCUAUGAAUUUCAACACAUCGGUGUAUCCGAACGCUGUUGUCUCAAUCAGUCAGACGUGGGACGUAUCAGAACAGGCAGCCAGAGUUGGACAAAUGAUCUUUUUGGUACUUUACGCUUUCGGAUGUGAAUUAUGGGCACCGUGGUCUGAGGAGUAUGGUAGAUGGCCCAUCUUGCAACUAUCGCUCUUUUUAGUCAACAUUUGGUCUCUUAUGCAAAGUUUAGCGCCAAAUUAUGCAACAAUGAUCGUCGGUCGUGCCCUUGCAGGUCUCUCAUCAGCUGGAGGCAGUGUCACACUCGGUUUAUGUGCUGACUUGUGGUCCGCCGACACUCAACAGUACGGCGUAGCAUAUGUCGUAUGGUCAAGUGUCACCGGUACCACAGUUGGUCCCAUCGUGGGUGGUUUUUUGCAGUCUUUCGCACCUUCGUGGAGAUGGAUCUUUUGGAUACAACUUAUUUUCGGAGGUUUCACUCAGGUGCUGCAUUUAUUAUUUGUCCCAGAGACACGUUCCUCUAUUCUACUCGACAGAGAGGCAAAGAGAAGGCGUCAAGAGGCAGCUAAAGCGGGUAAAACAGUACCAAACAUUUGGGGACCUAAUGAGGUGAAAGCGCAGAGAAUUACAAUGAAAGAUAUCACAAUUACCUUUAUCAGACCAUUUGAGUUCUUUCUCAAAGAGCCAAUCGUAUUGUUCUGCUCAUUGCUUUCUGGUUUCUCAGACAUGCUAAUUUUCAUUUUCUUGGAAUCAUACAAUCCUGUAUUCGAGCAAUGGAAUUUUAAGUCCUAUCAAGUCGGUCUUGCUUUUAUUCCUGUCUGGAUUGGUUAUUUCAUUGGCUGGGGAUCAUUUCUUCCUUUCAUACGUCGUGACAUAAAGAGGAGAAAGAUAGAUCCAUAUAGUGUUACACCGGAGAGUAGACUAUACUGGUUGCUGUACACUGCACCAUUAGAGGCCAUCGGAUUAUUCGGAUUCGCAUGGACGUCCUUACCACCAGAGGAAUAUGAAACUCACUGGAUAGCACCUAUGAUUUUUGCGGCACUUAUUGGUAUUGCUAAUUACUGUAUUUAUAUGGCUACUAUCGAUUACAUGGUAGCUGCUUACGGACCAUACUCGUCUUCUGCUACCGGUGGAAACGGAUUCGCCAGAGACCUAUUGGCUGGUAUUUCCGCUAUGUUUAGCACACCCUUUUAUUCACAUUUCAAAGGUAGAAACAAGCUAACAUAUCCAUCCACUAUACUCGCAUGUAUUGCGGCGGUGCUAGUAGCUCCUAUCUUCAUGCUAUACUUUUACGGACCAACAGUUCGUCGCAAAUCCCGCUUCGCUCAGUCUCUCAAUCAGGAAAAUGAAUCUACCAAGAUCAGGAAGCAGGUUAGAGACGAAAAGGCGCUGGGCAGCGCAAAGCACAUCGAGCACUCUGCGUAGAUUGCCGUGAUUCUACAUUGCUCUUCACAUGUCAUUUUCUUCUCAUAUCACCUUUAGUUUAUAGGAUUCUCUGUAAAAUCUCUCUUGUAUUCCAUAGAUGUUGUUUGAUUACCCUUUCACUUAGUAAACAUUUCCGGACUUGGCUGUUCAA